AGAAGGCGCAUUGUUUACUGUCACUGUUGUGUUUCCGGUGGCAGCCACAGUCGCUGCUGGCAGUGGAACCACACGUUCCAUUGUGUGAAAAAAUAGCACAUUUGCUGGGAAACUUUGGGUUCUUCAGUCGGUGAUACGGGAGUUAGACCGGCCUCUUGAGCACGAACAUGUACCGCACAGGUAAACCUGCACACGGGCCGCCACCGUUCGGACCUCCACCACUCCAUGGCCCUCCUUUCAGACUCGGAGGCCCCUGUAGUGUUCCUCCUCCUGGACACUUGCCUCCUGGACCUUGUGGACCAUUUUUGUCCCCAGCACCGGAUAGCCAUUUUCUUCAUAACAGGCCACCAAGAGGGCAUUUCCUCAGGCCCCACUGUAGCAGCUUCUCCAUAGACCAUAGUACAGUGAUUGCUUUGGGAGGCAGGCAGCAGAUCGGCCCUCCUGCAGAACCACCGCACACUGAGGUCCCACAGUGGAAUCCCACUCCUGUGGAACAUCAUCCUCCAGACAACAGUGACCAAGCUGGUGAGGAAUUCCUGAGAUGCAUUGCAGCCAACAAGCCUCUCCCAGACUAUCUCAAAGGGAACAUGGCAUACAACCUGGCUGAUGCAUUUAAGUCGGCUAAUGUCCUGAAAGAAGCAGUCAAAUCAGACCCUGAGUUCCAGAAGCAUGUGACGAGGAGCAAAAGCCAUAGUCGAAGCCGAAGUCGUGGCAAAAGCCGGGGCAAAUCUCGAGCCAAGAGCCGAGCGCGAAGCAAAAGCAGAGCACGCAGCCAUAGCAGAGGAAGGAGCAAAAGUCGUGCUCGUGGCAAGAGUCGAGCUAGAAGCAAAAGCAGGGCUCACAGUAGGAGUCGGAGCCAGAGCCGAAGCAAGAAGAAGAGUCAUGUACGGAGCAAGAGCUGGGUCAGGAGGUCCAAGUCACGAAGUAGCAGUGGUGAAAAGAGCCGUGGCAAAGACAAAAAGAGAAAGAGGAGCCCCAGCCACAGCUGCAGCAGUAAUAAUCUGACAGGGAAUAGUCUGUUAGAAGGACUGAAGUUGGUCAUGAACAGCAAAGAACUAGAAGAGCGGUUGCCUAUUCUUAAAGAUGCCAUCCUCACUAUUCAGGCCUCAGAUGAAAGCAAAAAAGAAGGAAAAGUGGAGUGUGUGCCUGAUAAGCACAGACAUCAGCAACAUGACAGUCAGGAGAAUUCAACAUCAUUGGAAAACGACAGUAUGCUCCUUCCUCAUGACAGAGUAGGCAAUGACUUCUCUUGGCUUCAUGCGCAAAGUCAAGAGGACUCUGCACUCCGGAAAGCUGAUGAGCUUGAAGAUGAAGAGUCGUUCUUGUAUGGGAAUGAAGACAUUGGAGGAAAGCAAUUCAAUAAGUCCUCUACAGCACUUUUUGCAGCGUUUUCCCAGACUGGCGAACAUGCCAAAAUGGAAAGUCUUGCACUUGGCAGUCAACAGCAUCAGAACAAGUCCAUAUUCAGUAGCUUUGGGGAUCUGCUUGAUCUGAAGCAACCCCUUCAAAUGACUUCCUCAAGCUUAGUCUCUGCCAAUCUAGACAGCAGUGAGUGUGAGAAGAUAAAGAACAUAUUAAAAAGUCUGGGCACAGCAGACAUCAGCGACAUAAUGGUGAAGAUGCAGGGGCAGAAGGAGGGGAAGCAGCUGUCUCCUGUGCUUCUCGGUUCAGAACCAACAGCAGCAGGCUUAGCAUUGCCAGCACUGAGUAACCCGAAUGUACGGCAAGCUCUGGAGUCUCUACAGUCACUGAUCAAAGCAACAAAGGAGAAGCGGGCAAAAAGAGAUGGCAGUGGCACAUCUCAGACAUCCUCCGAUAAACACAAGGCAGGGGAUGAGGAGGAAAGGAAGAGAGAGAAACAAGCCAGAAUAAAUAAAAUGGAUUCCUUGAUGAAAGAACUGGAGGGAUUGUUGAAACAGGAUGGAUUGAGUUUUUUGACACCAGUAAUUGGCUUUUACUGCCAGAAAUGUGAGGAGUUCAUUGGAGAUUUGAAUAGUGCUGAAAACCAUGCAACCAUCCACCGCCAUACUAACUCUAGCAGUAAAGAGCAGAUGGACAAGCAUGCUAGAGACAGCAAAGUACACUUGCGCUGUUUUAGUAGCAGCAGUAACCAACACCCACACCCCUCAGACAGGAGAGAUAACAGGGACUACGGUCACAAUAGAGAUUCAGGAGACCACAGGAAUCACAGAGACUACCAGCGAGACUGGAGAGAUCACAGAAGCAAACACGAGGACAACCACAGAAGCCACAGGGCCGAGCAGGAAAAUAUCUCCUUGAAAGAGGAGAUGAGGAAGGAGAGGAUGCUCAUAACGGUGUCCCGUGGACUGACAUCUCCUCCAAACAUCAGGGUCAAGGAGGAGGUGACCAACGAGCAGGCCACCGGAAGCCAUAGCAAAGUCAAAGUGGAAGACACAGACAGAAAGGGAGAAAUAUCCAAGGACAGCAGAGAAAAAGCUAAAGUAAAAGAUGAAAGCAGUGACAGUAGUGACGAUGACAAAGGAAAAACACAUAAAGCAAAAUCACCUAAAAAGAAAAAGAAGAAGAAGAAGAAGAAGCAGAAGGGGGACAGGUCCUAAUUGUUGCAUUAUGGUUGUCAGUUUCCAUGUUAGACUGAUUCAUGAGAUGAUGUUGGCAGCUUGUUGCUGCCCAAGUUUCUACACUUAAAGGUCCAAGUUUUAUCAUUAGACUCCUGGGAACCACCUUGUUUUCUUUUCUCUUCCCAGUUAGUUCUUUUUUGUUGGUGUGAAGAAGAGGGAGGUAGGCCUCGGAGUGAUUCAUCAUUGUGCUUAAAGGAACAGUCUGACAUGUUACUAAAUGUACUUGUUGCUGUCAGCCAUAGUCAAAAGAGAAGAUUUAUAUACAUUUUAUCUUUGUGCAUCUAGUACAGUGAUGGGUCUUAACUAUAGUUAGCACAAAAGACUGGAAGCGGUUUUACACUCUUGAUAGAGCUGCUUCCAGUGUUUAUGCCAACUAAGGCCAAACGCAUCCCAGACCGAUCUCUUCUGGACAUGCAGAGAUGAAAGUGACAUGGAUCUUCAAAUCCUCUUGCAUUUACAAAUAAGUGCAUUUUCCAAAAUGUCAGAACACUUCUUUUGUUAAGUGGUUUUCCUACAUAUUUUUACAUAACAAUAUGUAGAUGUGUGGCAUGUAUGAAGUAUGCCCUCACAUCCUGGUUUCAUCUUUCAAUUAAAUGUUUGAAAAAUUAGCUACUGUGUGCAUAUUUUCCAAGGACCAACAGCAUUGUAGUGAGUUCCAUUUUCUUAUUGUCUGCAUUUUUAUCUAAAAUACAAGAUGACACACAAGUCUGUCUCCUGUGGUGACAUUGUAGAUACAAGGAAAAUACAUAAAUAUGUUAGCAAUUUAAUAAAAAGUGGAAAAAACUCAAA